CAGCCGACUAGACCUCAGGCUGAGCACACACCAACGGGCGCCAUGCACUACCCAUGGACCGACAGCUAGCCCGCUGAAGUCCUCGACCAAGCCCGAAAUGCUCGGUCCAGGGCGCACGUUGGUGCAUUGUUUCACUGAUACAAGGUAUGGAAAGGCAGCAGAUACGUUAAAAUGGCGGGGUUUUGAGUCUAACUUUUCCGUCUCGCUCGGUGUGGCGUGGCAGAGGAUCGUUUCCAAAGUUGUCGGUUAGCAGGGCGCGUGUGAAGCAUCGGAAUUAAAGGCGCAGUGCACCCCGUUUGAUACCGCAAAAAUGGAGCAAAGUGACUUGGACCGAGACCAGCAGUACUGUGAACUUUGUGGGAAAAUGGACGACCUCCUCAAAUGCGGUAGGUGCCGCAGCUCCUUUUACUGUAGUAAGGAGCACCAGAAACAGCACUGGAGGAAACACAAGCUCACCUGUAAGGAGACUGACAAGGCGCAGCUACCCAAACAGAAGCCCGAGCAAUCGCCGCCGCCGCCGCCGCCGCUACCGCCGGCGGACGUCCAGGCACCGGAGAAACACCGGGAAGAGACCGGUCCCGAGCAGACGGACAGCGCAGCCGUACCACAGACCGCGAACACGGAGGUCCCGGGGGAUGAAGACGGACGGAGAGAGGAGAGGUCCAUGAACACCCCCACACCUAACGGGCAGACCAGCUCAUCCCCACGGAAACUCUCCGUGGAGUACAUCGUCCCGUGCAUGAACAAGCACGGCAUCUGCGUGGUGGACAACUUUUUAGGAGCUGAAAUCGGAUUGGGCAUUUUGGAUAAUGUCCAAGCACUGCAAAAGACGGGAAAGUUCACGGACGGACAGUUGGUCAGUCAAAAGAGCGACUCCACUAAAGACAUACGAGGAGACAAAAUCACGUGGAUCGAGGGGAGGGAGGCCGGCUGCGAGAAGAUCCGCAUCCUAAUGAGCCGCAUGGACGACCUGAUCAGACACUGCAACGGGAAACUGGGAAACUACAAAAUAAACGGAAGGACAAAAGCAAUGGUGGCGUGUUACCCCGGAAAGGGUACAGGAUACGUGCGCCAUGUGGAUAACCCCAACGGCGACGGGCGAUGUGUCACAUGCAUAUAUUACCUUAAUAAAGAUUGGACUGCUAAGGAACACGGUGGCCUUCUUCGAAUCUUCCCAGAAGGGAAAGCGCAGUUUGCCGACAUAGAGCCCCAAUUCGACCGUCUGCUGCUGUUCUGGUCCGACAGACGGAACCCUCACGAGGUUCAGCCCGCCUUCGCCACCAGGUAUGCCAUCACCGUGUGGUAUUUUGACGCGGACGAGCGAGCCAGAGCUAAAGAGAAAUACUUAACGGGAGAAAAAGGAGAAAAGGUUGAGCUUGACAAAGCAUCGGAUCCCAGCUAGUGCGCGGCCCCUGUCCCCCUCCAAACAGCCUUUUAAGUGCUCGGUCCUGAGAAAGGGGCCUACAGAGAGCAUGUGUGAGCGUUUUACAUGGCAAAGCAGAAGACUUUUUUGUGUGAGUCCAUUCAUAUGGACACGAAACAAACAUAAACAGGGAUUUUUGUUAGUUUUCAGAAAACCGGAGAAGCCCAGAGGACCUUGAAUGUCAUGACAUUGUACCGAAAGGGAUCGUUUCUGUUUUUUUUCCCUUUUCACCUCUUGGGUGAAGGCUGGAAAGCCUUAGCGUUGACAUUUUCGAAAAAACAACAGGAAUUAAACUCACAGAGAAUCUA